AUGAGCGAGGAGGAGCUGAGCAAGAUGUGGAGGGACUAUCUGGUGGUCAGCUUUGUGCGCAACCCGUACCAGCGAGCGGUCAGCCUGUACCGCAUGGUGCUGCGGGCGGUGCAGCAGGGGGGCGCGCUGCACCGCGGCUACCGCUGGGACACCUUCUGCGCGGAUGCGGGCGGCUUUGGGGACGAGUGCAUGCAGGACCCCAAGUGCAAGCAGCGCGGCGGCAAACGCUACACCUACACCCACCUGCAGCCGCAGCUGGACUGCAUGCUCACCGAGGGAGGCGGCUGGGCCCUGGACUACAUUGGGCGGGUGGAGCACCUGCGGGAGGACCUGCAGGAGGUGUUGGAUGAGCUGGAGCGGCGGCGGGCCCCAGAUGUGCCGCCGAUCCGGCCGGUGGCCAGCGGCUUUGAGGUCGUGAAUGCGCACAGCUGCAACGCGUCGGAGACGGAGCGGCUGGCGCGGAUUGGCAUGGCGUCAGCGCGAGAGCAGUAUUGCCGUCCCGAACAGUACUAUCAGGGCCGCCACGCCGCCUGCUUCGCCCACAUGCAGCGCCAGUACGCCAGCGACGUGCGGCAGCUGGGGUUUGGGCCUCCCGACACGGCGAGCAUGUGA